GCUGAAAUGCUAGAUUUUUGCUCAGUUGAGUAAUAACCGUGGGGAGCUUUGUAGAACUGGCUCCUCUCUGCAACCAUGCUGCUUCGAACUCCAAUAUCAUGGGGACUUCUUAUGGCCUUACUGCUCCCUCUAAUCCAGGGCCACAAUGUAUUCUUAAACAAUGAAAAAGCCUCUUCUGUCCUCAAACGCUCCCGCAGAGCUAACUGGGGUUUAGAAGAAGCCAAGAAGGGGAACAUGGAGAGAGAAUGCUUCGAAGAAAUCUGUAGUUAUGAAGAGGCCCGAGAAAUUAAGGAAGAUUCAGACGCAACGAAAAUAUUCUGGGAUCUUUAUCAAGCGUGUACGCCAGGAAAGUUAUCCAGAGAUGCCAUGUUCAACUGUAUUCAGGGUAAUUGUGCAAGAGGCACUGGGAAAAAUUACCUGGGAAAAAUUAGCGUGACAAGGUCUGGUCUCGAGUGUCAGUACUGGUCCAGCAACUACCCUCACAAGGCAAAGUUUAAUCCAUUCACACAUCCAAAUGAAAGCCUUCAAGAAAACUAUUGUCGAAAUCCUGAUAACAACCCAAAGGGCCCAUGGUGUUACACAAAGAAUCCCACAGUACGUCAAGAGGAGUGUGUAAUUCCAGUGUGUGGUGAAAGUCGAACCACAUCGGAACCUAUAUUAAGAAAAGUUGAACCCUCUACUGAAGAAGUAGCUUGUGAGGCAGACUAUGGGUUACAUUAUGAGGGAAACUUGGCUGUUACUGUAUCUGGGCUCCCAUGUUUACCGUGGAACUCAACCGUUGCCAAGGAUCACAAACGGAAAGACUUCAUGGCAGAGGUCGAGCUGAAGGAAAACUACUGCAGGAACCCAGAUGGAGAUGAAGAAGGGGUUUGGUGCUAUGUGUCUCACCCCAACAUGACAUAUGAAUAUUGCAACCUAAACUACUGUGACAGCCCUAUAGACGAAGAACAGGUUGAUACACAAGCAGGUCGCUCUGUUACUGCCGAACAUCAAACCUUUUUUGAUGAGAAGACUUUUGGCGCAGGAGAGGCAGUGUGUGGCCUGCGGCCCCUCUUUGAGAACAAGAGUAAGAAGGAUAAGAGUGAAGAUGAAUUAAUCGAGUCCUAUAUUGCUGGACGUAUCGUUAAAGGGGAUGAUGCCGAACAAGGGAGCUCUCCAUGGCAGGUGAUGCUGUUUAAGAAGUCUCCCCAGGAGCUACUAUGUGGGGCCAGUCUGAUUAGCGAUCGCUGGAUACUGACUGCAGCCCACUGCAUCUUCUACCCUCCCUGGGAUAAAAACCUCACAACCGAUGAUUUCCUUGUGCGGAUCGGCAAACACUUCAGAACAAAAUAUGAACGGAAAAUAGAGGUAAUCGCUCUCCUGGAGCGUAUUAUCGUCCACCCGAAAUACAACUGGAAAGAAAAUCUCGACCGGGACAUAGCACUGAUGCAGCUUAAAAAACCAGUAGCAUUCAGUGAUUAUAUCCAUCCCGUGUGUCUCCCGACCAAGGAGAUUGUCCAAAACCUGCUGUUAGCUGGACACAAAGGACGUGUUUCAGGCUGGGGCAAUCUUUACGAAACUUGGAAACCAGGCGGCCAGCAACAGCCACAGAUCUUACAACAGAUAAACCUUCCCAUUGUGGAACAAGAAACAUGCAAAUCAUCUACCAGGAUCAAAGUGACAGAUAAUAUGUUCUGUGCAGGUUUCAGUCCAGACUCUAGCACCACUGGAGAUGCAUGUGAGGGGGACAGUGGAGGUCCGUUUGUCAUGAAAGACCCAGUCACUAACCGCUGGUUCCAAGUGGGUAUUGUCUCUUGGGGUGAAGGAUGUGACAGAGUUGGAAAAUAUGGAUUUUACACACAUGUGCAUCGUUUGAGGAAAUGGCUUAUGAAGAUAAUAGAAAAGUAUGGAGCCUAAAAACAAUGAGAAAUAUUAAGAACAGAGUUUCCCUUAUAAGGAAUUGGUGCAGAGUUUAAUCUCCCUGCACGCUCUUCUUAUUCACGAAGGACUAAAACAGCUGUAUGAAACCUCCAAAAUAUCAAACUGGAUCACAAUACCUUACUGCUUUAUCCCUUAAAUGUAUUAUUUGUUAAUGUUACAAUUAAAUAAAUAUCAAAACAGA